CCGAAACGAAGAUACAGAGAGAGAGAGAAAAAAAUAAAACAGAGUGACGACGAGUCCGUAGCUAGAUUUUUUUUCUUUCUUGAAUAAGAGAAAGAAUAUAUAAAAAAGAAAUGGGUUCGGAAGCGACCACCGCCGUGGACAACCUUCAGCAACCGUUGCUGGAGUCAACGAAAUCGGAAGUUGACUUCAGGAUGGAGAGUGUGUUAACGGACACACAUUUGUCAUAUUUCCGGCGGAUCUACUUGGCGGCGUUGAUCGAGAUGAAGUAUCUUUUCCACUUGGCGGCUCCGGCGAUCUUUGUUUACGUUAUCAACAAUGGCAUGUCUAUGGUCACUCGUAUCUUCGCCGGUCGCUUAGGAAGUAUGCAACUCGCUGCCGCUUCUCUCGGUAACAGCGGUUUCAAUAUGUUCGCCAUUGGUCUCAUGCUUGGAAUGGGAAGUGCAGUGGAAACGUUAUGUGGGCAAGCGCAUGGAGCUCACAGAUACGACAUGCUUGGAGUCUACUUACAAAGAUCCACGAUUGUGCUAGUCCUCACGGGACUUCCAAUGACCGUACUCUUCAUCUUCUCCAAACCUCUCCUCAUUUCUUUAGGCGAGCCAGCUGACGUUGCAUCAAUGGCCUCGGUCUUCGUGUACGGUAUGGUUCCGAUGAUCUUCGCUUACGCAGUCAACUUCCCGAUCCAAAAGUUCCUCCAGUCACAGAGCAUCGUAACGCCAAGCGCGUACAUCUCAGCGGCUACACUAGUCCUCCACUUAGUUCUCUCUUGGAUCUCAGUCUUCAAGUUCAGCUGGGGCUUGCUUGGUCUGUCCGUAGUUCACAGUGUCUCGUGGUGGAUCAUCGUUCUGGCUCAGAUAGUUUACAUAAAGAUCAGUCCAAGAUGUCGCCGGACUUGGGAUGGUUUUAGCUGGAAAGCUUUUGAUGGUCUUUGGGACUUUUUCCAGUUAUCUGCCGCUUCAGCUGUCAUGCUCUGCCUUGAAUCUUGGUAUUCUCAGAUUCUUGUUCUCCUCGCCGGACUUCUUAAAGAUCCUGAACUUGCUUUGGAUUCUUUAGCUAUCUGUAUGUCAAUUUCGGCAAUGUCGUUCAUGGUGUCCGUUGGAUUCAACGCUGCUGCCAGUGUGAGAGUUAGUAACGAAUUAGGAGCUGGGAACCCUAGAUCAGCUGCAUUUUCAACUGCGGUAACUACAGGAGUAUCGUUUUUACUGUCGCUGUUCGAAGCCAUAGUGAUCCUCUCAUGGCGUCAUGUAAUCAGCUAUAUUUUUACGGACAGUCCAGCGGUUGCUGAAGCCGUCGCCGAGCUCUCUCCUUUCUUGGCCAUUACCAUAGUUCUCAACGGUGUACAACCUGUCUUAUCUGGUGUGGCCGUUGGAUGUGGGUGGCAAGCAUAUGUUGCCUAUGUUAACAUUGGAUGUUAUUACAUAGUGGGAAUUCCGAUUGGUUAUGUUCUUGGUUUCACCUAUGAUAUGGGAGCUAGGGGAAUAUGGACAGGGAUGAUUGGGGGCACACUCAUGCAAACGAUUAUCUUAGUCAUUGUCACUUUCAGAACUGACUGGGAUAAAGAGGUGGAGAAGGCGUCGAGACGAUUGGACCAGUGGGAAGACAGCUCUCCGCUACUUAAGCAAUAAAAUAAAUAUAUUGAUCUUUUCAAUAAGAAAUUAAAAAAAUCUUGGGGAGAUUUAGAGGUCAAUUAUAUAUAAAUAUAUUUUCCCCAAAAAUUGAUUAAAAAAGGAUAAAACCCUAGUUAAGUUAAUCAAGAGAUUCGAUAUGUGGAUCUCUAGAUUAAUACAUUGGAAAACAAAUAGUUUUCUGAGGGGAGGUUUGGAGUACGAGAAGGAAGAAGAGUCAAUGUACAUUUCUUUUUUUGUUUUUGUUAGAGAAAGUAAUAUUGAGAAGUGAUAUAACGAUGUAUUGUGUGGAAGAGUGAAAUUUAAGUUCUUGUAAACCGUUUCUUGUGUAACGAAACCAAAUAAUGAAACACAUGGCUCUUAUGGUCCACGAU